CGCGCAGUCUGAUCAGGAUCCAUGCUGUUCGCUAUCAGUUUCUCUAUUUGUAAUAAGGUUAGUAAGCGAACAGCAUGGAUCCUGAUCAGACUGCGCGGAUGCGCAGGCUGGUCUGGAUCCAUGCUGGUCGCAAACCCAUUAUGUUGGUUUUGUUGUGACACGGCUCAAAUAUACUUGAAACUUGAUUUGACAAGUUAAUGAAUUACUUUCUAGUUGCUAUAACUGCUAACCAUAUUUACAUUUAAUUAGAUUGUUUAAUUAACAUGCUUAUAUUGUCAGUACGUUAACAAUAAAAUUAUUGUUGUUUUUAUGGUAAAAUGUAACACAAUUCGAAAAUCUGUUUAGAAAUACAUUUCACCUGGAAAAUUUAUGUAGUAAAAGAUACAUUGUUACGAAGCAAAAAUCAAAAACGUUACGAUUGUCCAGUCGAAAUAGGCUUUACAAACUUGCAGUAUUAUAACUAGAAUGCUAUUGACAUAUGACAAAGCAUUAAAUAUUGUACGUAGGCAUAUUUUGAUUAUUAUUCUAAUUAUCAUUUAAGGAGGGCACUAUGACGUCACGAGGAGCGUUAGCGUUUCUUAUUAUCAUGUGUACAGCAGGUAUAACGAUUUCUGGCGCUGUUACUUCAACGAAUACUCCAACUUCAGUCGUUAGCACGAGAACAACUGACGCUAUCACCACAGUUGACCAAGGCACAACGACUGACGCCGUAACUACAGAGAUAUCGGGUAGUACUAUAGAUAGUGCAAAUGCUAAAACAACGUCUACUUUGACCCCUACGAACGCAGUCACGGACUUAAUUACAACUGACGCGGUCACUAAUUCAGUAACCACUGAUGCAAACACCGAUUCUGUUACAACUGACGCUACCACCGAAUCAGUGACAACUGGUGCAGUAACUAAUUCAGUUACAACCGAAACAUUCACCGAUUCAGUGACAACCGUCGUAACCACCGAUUUAGUGAUAACUGACGCAACCACCGAUUCAGUGACAACUGACGCAACCACCGAUUCAGUGACAACUGAUGCAACCACCGAUUUAUCGACAACUGACGCAACCACCGAUUUAUCGACAACAGACGCAACCACCGAUUUAACAACUGACGCAAACACCGGUUCAGUGACAACCGACGCACACACCGAUUCAGUGACAACUGACGCAGUUACCAAUUCGCCGACAACUGACGCAAUCACUGAUUCCGUUUCAACUGACAGAGUAACCAAUUCAGUUUCAACUAACGCAGUUACCGAUUCAGUAACAACUUCAAAUGUCAUAACUGACGCAUCUUCAACUGUUGAUCCAACUGAUAAUAAUACUUCUAUAAUUACUUCGACUGAUACUGGGGCUUCGUUAUCGACCAGACAAUCUACAUCAGAUGUAAGCUCUACGACUGAUCCGGGGCCAGGCAUUACAAAAAGACUGCUAGAUUCAAAAAUAGCACUAAUCGCCUCUAUAACAAUGGCAGGUAUUGUGUUUCUGAUAUGCCUACUGACAAUUUGCACGUGGUUCAUCCUAUACCAUAACAAACACAGUGAAAGACGCUUUGGACCACAUAGUAAAGAGAACUUCUUCAAGUCAAGUCAGAUACCAUAUGGAUUGCCAGAGAUGACUUAUUCUGAUGGAUGGUCCCCGCUUGAUGAACCAUACAAACGUUUCCCGUACGAUCCUUACAGUUCCUAUUCCUUUGAAAAUGCUCCUGAACAAUCUGUCGAUCAUGGAAAUACACAUUAUAAAGACGGACGUUUUGACAGAUGGCCAAAUUUUUCGUCAUUUGGAGUAAGAAAUUCUUAUAAUAGACCAGUUGACUGGCACAGUGCAAUGCCGAGCUAUGACGAAGUGGCUUUACCGAGGUCUUGGGAACGAUUCUGACAUAAUGACAAAAUCAAAGUUAUGUUGUUUAUCAUAUAAGAUGCUAGCGUUGUAAAGAUUUUAUGUGUUUUUCUGAUAUUUCAAAGCUGUGUAACUA